AUACAGGAGCCUGUGCCUCUCACACACACACUGCAGAUCCAGCAUCGUUGGGCACACAGCUAGGGAGCACUACACCCUGAUGGUGACGGGGGCACAAAGAAGCCGGGCUGAUGUCCCCAGGCUGAGGGCUCCUGUCUGUGUGAGGCUCUUCCCUGUCACCCCCAUGCCCCCUGUGCUCAGGGCUGAAUGAUUAUGUAUGAAUGAUGUGUCUGGGGCUGCUCUGGGUUGUAGCUGCUGUGAUCUCUACCAGUGCUACUAUGCCUCCAUUGGAUUCUUCACUGGUCAAUACCACAGUCCCCCCCAUCACUGCGGACUCCCCAAAGAGAUGGCACCAGAAGCUCGAUCACUCACAGAUCACCCACCCCAGCCGCUUGGUGGAGCACACGUCUGGAGCUGAGACCCACAGAUAUCAACUGGACACCAGGGUUAGAAGUGAGAACCCUAAUGACCCGGAUGCCCAUGUUGCACACGCCAGUUUCCUUGUGCCGUACUUUGAGAAGAAUUUUAUUCUGGAUCUGGAGCUAAAUCAUCACCUUCUAUCAUCGAAGUAUGUGGAGCGGCACUAUGGCGAGGACAAUAAUUCUCCCGUGCUGACUGGUGGAACAUCUGGCAAUCACUGUUAUUAUCAGGGAAAAUUGCGAGGGGCAGAGGAUUCGUGGGCUGCUAUUUGCACUUGCAACGGUCUCAGUGGCGCUUUUUCUGACGGAGUUUACAAAUAUACAAUAUAUCCUUUGGAACAGAGCACAGCGACAGAAAAAUGGCCUCAUGUUAUUGACCGAAUAAAGAAAUGCUCAGAGCCAGACUGUGAACAUCACACGAUUCUUCCAGGCUCCAAAAUACGGAGGAAAAGACAGGUUCGUCGGACAUCACACUCAGCUCUGACUGAAACCAAAUAUGUUGAACUCAUGGUGGUGAAUGACCGAUAUUUGUUUGAUCAGCAGCGCCAGUCUGUGGUUCUGACCAGUAGCUUCGCCAAGUCAGUGGUGAAUUUAGCUGAUGUUAUUUUUAGAGAACAACUAAACACCCGGAUUGUGCUGGUUGGCAUGGAAACCUGGACGUCUACAGACAAGAUAACUGGGAGUGAGGAUCCCCUGCAGGUUUUGGAUGAAUUCAUGAGGUACCGGAGAGCCAAAAUCCCGGAGCAUAGCGACACCACUCACCUCUUCUCAGGACGCACUUUUAAGAACAGUCGCAGUGGGGCAGCUUAUUUCGGCGGCAUCUGCUCUCAAACCCAUGGUGGUGGCGUGAAUGAGUAUGGGAAUAUUGGCGCCAUGGCAGUUACAUUGGCCCAGACCCUGGGGCAAAACCUUGGCAUGAUGUUGAAUAAGCCACGCACUACAGCUGGUGACUGCAAAUGUCCUGAUCUAUGGCUGGGCUGCAUCAUGGAGGAUAUUGGAUACUACCUCCCCCAGAAGUUUUCCCGCUGCAGCGUGAAUGAGUACAGCCAGUUCCUGCAAGAUGGAGGAGGCAACUGUCUGUUUAAUAAACCCCUCAAGCUUCUGGAUCCUCCAUCCUGUGGCAACGGUUUCGUUGAGAUUGGGGAGGAGUGUGACUGCGGCUCUCCUGCUGAAUGUAACAAGUCCAGAGCAGGGAAUUGCUGCAAGAAGUGCACCCUCAGCCAUGAUGCUAUGUGCAGCGACGGAUUGUGCUGCCGAGGCUGUAAGUAUGAGCCCCGGGGGACUGUUUGCCGUGGGUCUGUUAAUGAAUGUGAUGUGCCAGAGACUUGCCCCGGAGAUUCCAGCAUGUGCCCCAUAAAUCUACACAAGCAAGAUGGAUACUUCUGUGACAACGAGCAGGGUCGAUGUUUUGGAGGACGCUGCAAGACCAGAGAUCGGCAGUGCCAUGCACUAUGGGGUCGCAGUGCAUCGGAUCGGUUUUGCUAUGAAAAAUUAAACAUCGAGGGGACAGAGAAGGGUAACUGCGGCAGAGACAGGCAGAACUGGAUUCAGUGUAGCAAACAGGAUGUGCUGUGCGGAUAUCUUCUGUGCUCCAAUAUUUCUGGAAUUCCUCAGAUUGGCGAGCUGAAUGGAGACAUAACUAGCAUGAGCUUCUACCAUCAGAAUCGAUACUUGGACUGCAGAGGGGGACAGGUGAUGCUGCCUGAUGGAUCCUGCUUGGGAUAUGUGGAAGAUGGGACGCCGUGUGGCCCCAAUAUGAUGUGUUCGGAUCGGAGGUGCCUCCCCGCAUCUGCUUUUAAUUUCAGCACCUGCCCUGGUAGCUGGAAUGGAGUAAUCUGCUCAGAUCAUGGGGUUUGCAGCAAUGAAGGAAAGUGCAUCUGCCACCCAGAAUGGACUGGAAAGGACUGCAGCAUGUACGAUCCGCUACCUGUCACUAAACCUACAGGAUUGAUGGAAAAAAAAGGUCCUAGUGGUACCAAUAUCAUCAUUGGAUCCAUUGCCGGGGCUGUCCUCAUUGCUGCAAUUGUGCUUGGAGGGACUGGAUGGGGUUUCAAGAAUAUCCGAAGAGGAAGAUCUGGAGGUGGAUAGGCAAGAACUAUGCGCUCGCUCACCAUUCUUCAAUAAUUAAAAUCAAUUCCAUUACGAUCCCUCUGGGACUUUGCUGAGGAAACUAACAAUCAAACUGGAGUGUAAAGAAUGGAAGGGGAGCAGCAGCCUAUUUCUAAUGGGAAAAACUCUUCAGAUCUCUCUCUCUCUCUGUCUUCCAAAACUGGAGUUUAACUGCCAGUCCUUUGGGGAACAAACAAACUCUUCGACCAAGAAUGAAGAGAGGGGGCAGUCGGGGAAGCUUAUUU